UACAAGAGCAUCUCCGUAUGAAACUGAUGGUGGGCGGCAGCUGCCAAGCUGGGACCUGGCUUGGCUGAGAUCCAUGCUCUUUUGAUUCCUCCCUGAAUGAUUUCUUGAUCGAAAGCUGAGCUUAGCUUCCUGGCAACCUGUGCUCCUUAGAAGUCCUCCUCCUUAGGGAAUUCUGACCAUUUAAAAAAAGGGGGAAAGGGGGAUUUUAAAAACCACAGCAAGGAGUGAGGAUGGAAAAGGAGAACAAAGCAUCCACCCAGUAUGGAUCCCUGGAGUCAACCAAGUGGACUGCACCAGAUUCAGGCAAAGGGGAAGAAAUAGUUUCCAUGGCUGACUCCACAGCUACUAUUGAUGACAUUGAAGGAGAGCUUUUCAAAAUUGAGAGGAUCAGGGAAGUCCUUGUGCGGAGAGAAUCAGAGCUCCGGUACAUGAUGGAUGAUAUCCAGCUUUGUAAGGAAAUCAGCAGGUUGAAAAAGGAGCUACAGAAGUUGAUUACGCUGCCAGAAAAUAAAAAAUCAAAAGAAGACAAACAGAAGGAGGAGGAGUUAAUGCAACAAAUUCAUAAACUUGUGGAGACUCGAGAUUUCCUUGUGGAUGAUGUAGAGUUUGAAAGGCUCAGAGAACGGGAAGAAGAUAAGGAAAUGGCUGAAUUUUUAAAGAACAAGCUUUCCAAAACCUGUCUUCUGAAAACAACUCCUGUAAAAGAUAAGAAGAUGACAUCAAGAGGACAACAAACCUCCCCACCAUAUGUAACAAAGACAGGCCUCAUCUUCCUGAAGGAGUGCUGUGGCUUUACCUGCUCAGUCAUGUAGGCUGGAGCUGAGGGCCACGUCCUCCACACCAAACACAAAUCUAUUCAUGGGUAAGCCCUGCCUACUUCCUGGUCAACCGGAUCCAUUCAAAUCAUAGCAGAUUCACAAGCCAAUUGAGCAGAGAUGAGUGAUUCCCCUGUGGACAGUAUGGUGACAGAAAGCACACAGGGAAGCCACCAGGACCCUAAAGGUCUACACAGCCCAGAGCAUGGUGGAGAUCAGAAGCAGACAGCACAAGAUGCUCAUGAGAGAGAGCCUAACCAGGGACAGAGAGACAGAUAUUUAAUACCAUGCUUUCCCCCUUGACGUAUUGUAACAGGGACAGGAACGUCCCCCAACCCACACAAUCCCAAGUCAGGAUGUAGUUUUCAUGUUGGUGACAGAUUUAUAAGCCCGAGAAGCUUUAGGGACAUAGGUACAGAAAUGUACUGACACAAUCCACAGGUACACUCAUGCUCAUACAUACACGUAGAAGGACUGAGUACUUUGUUCCAUCUCCUGAUAUUCUAAAAACAGGAAGAGCCAGCAGAAUGAUUCCCAAUAUCCUGGAUUGCUGCUCUUCAUCAUCAAGUUGCAUCCACACUGCCCUGCUCCAAUGAAGUUUCCUAGCAACUGUGGGACCCAGAGCUGUCUGUAUCACCUCCACAAAGGUCACUUCCAUGUGCAGAAUGACAGCAGUACAUCAGCAUUAUUCUUAGAGUACUACAUUCAGCAGUCCUAUUAACAGAGAUUGAUCCUUCAGUCCUACCCUACUUACAGCAAAGACAAUGACUAAUUAAGAACUGCUUCAGAACUCAUGGUUUUCCUACUUAAGUGAAAACUGCUGUAAGAUACCCGUGUGAAAGCCAUUGUCUAUGUUUUCUGUGUGCCAGUCAGGAUUCAAUAUUCUGCCAUGUGGCAAAUCAAAUUUUGCCUGAUGUUUAUACAUGAUGGGGUACACGUGUAAGAAAAAGGAUAGGUACUAACUACAGUAAAAGGAAAAUGAUCCUAUUAAGCUAUAAGGCAAAGGAUAUGUAUUAAGUAACCCAAGAGUCUCAGAAAUGUUUGAUUGCCUAUCCUUACAUAUCCAUAGCAGCUCAUCCAUUACCUUCUUUAAAACCUCUAGGGAACAUCUCUACAGCAUCACCUGACCUAGUUCCCAAUAUUUUUUUAAACCAAGAAGCUAUCUUUAACAUACACUUAAAUCAUUUUUUCUACAGCCUACAUACUCAGCUGUUUCUUUACUCUAGUCAGCUGCUAUUUUUCCUCUACAACAUGCUUUUACAUAGUUGAAAACUUUUCUUGUGCCCCCCACUCUGUAGCUGUUUCUCCUGAGGUGCCUCCAACUAUUCCCAAGCAGUUACUGCAGAUGUCAAUGUCUUCAUAUUCUGCAUAGCUUAAUGACUGUACAAUGUCAGGAACUGGGUGCCUCAGGAAACCUGGAGGUGGGAGGACAGAAGCAUCUUCUCCACUUCCUUUUCCCUCAGGUCUCCUGCAGUCACCCAAGGGUCAAUCUCUUUGGCAGAAGCCUCAAACAGAAAGUAAUUUUUUCCAAGCCAGAUUCAUUAGAUUAAUGAGAUGGUAUUAUGAUAAUUUCAAUGACAGUAUUUCCCAUUUAGAACCAACUUAUCGCCUAAUACAUUACCACAGAGGUCAUCUUAAUUUCUUUCUAACAUCCUUCCAGUGAUCCAACAAAGAGGUGGGUCUGUUCGCUGACACUGGAGCAGCUUGCUACUGGCUGUUUAAAUCACAGUCUCCUGAAUCUUUAUGAGUCUGGAAACUCACCAUUAGGCAAAGCAGACUUGAGACUUUUAACCUUUCUCUACUGUUCAUUCCAUAAAAGUGUUGAAGGAAUAUAUAUCCAAAAUGGUCAGGAGAGGCAAGGCCAAAACUUGUAAUCUUGGUAGUCUAUGAUACUGAAUGUCAUUUGAAGCUGAGAAAGUGUGUUCCAUUUUCAAAUUAAAAUGAAUCUCUGUGCAUUCAGAUCUUCAUUUGAACUGCUGUCUUUAGCCAGAUAAAGGCAGGAACCUCUGUCUUAGCUUCACAUCCUAUUUGGCUUUCUUAUUUCCAAUCUUGCAGGGUAUUCCUGAGAACUACUGUUGUCACAAGCUUGGUGAUGACUAAGGGAUGUGUAGAUUACAUAUCCUGACUGGGACAUAAGUGGGCUUCACACUGCUUUUUAAAGAAGGACUAAAAAACAUUGACGUGGAUGGAAUAUAUUUCUAGCCUUCUAGAAAAUGGAUUCAAGCUCAGAGAACUAACAUCGAUCAAAGGUUUGGGUAAAAAAAAAAGGCUUCACAUUCCAGUUAUGAGGUUAAAUGAAAAUCACAGCUGCAAGACAUGAACAACAGAGUGGCCAACUAGAUGAACUGGAAGUGAUCAAAAUGCGAUUGGGGUGCGGGGGAGGAAGAAACUGUUCUAAAUGGCAAGAUAAUGCAACAUGUUACCCUCUGGAUAGAUGGGUAACAACCAUGCAUACUUUCUUAUAUUGCAGGUGCUUUCUAAACAGACCUACAAAGAAAUCAGUCUCAUGUCAGUUCCAUAUGCUUCCCUGGCUUAUAUACACACAAUUUACUUUGUAAAGAUGUGGCCAAAAGAGUUGACUUUAUUUUUGAUAUCUGAGGAUUUUGUAUGAAACCCUCCACUAAAUCCUCUGAAAUAUAAAACCUUAUUUCCCAUCUCAUAAUUGAAAAAAAAGUGUUGAGUUUCUCUGAUCCCUGUCUUUUUCGAAUUUCGUGUUUAAAAUGAUGGCCAGAACCAAGUCUCUGUCUUUCUCUCAGACAUGCCUUUUGUUUCCUAAAGCAUGGUGUAUCUUUUCUGCACAGUCAUAUGGCAUUACUAUUGAGGAUGCAUGUGAAAGAGGGAGAAAGUACCACUGACUUAUCCAUGGCCUAGAAUGUUCCACAUAUUCCCCAAAGAAGUCUUAACUGUACACUGGGCAAACUGAAUCUCCAGCAUUGAGGGAAUCUCACACCAAAUGGAAUGAAAUUUGGAAAGAAUGUUGAAAGAAAACUCUAAAAUUUUAUCGUGAGAUCACACAUUUACAAGAGGCACAGUCCUUUGCCUCUCCCCACUGAUGUCUGUAUAACUUAAAUCUAUGUACCUGAGACUGCUUCCAACACUUGUGCAUCCAUGCGUAUUGUUGAUAUCAAAUUGGUUGGAGCUGUCCAAAUUUGGUUUCAGUAUUUCAUUUCAUAAAAUUCAGCCAACAUAAAUGUACCAUCUUUUUUGUUCAUAUAAAUACUGUUGAUUCUCCAAAUUGGCGCAUAGAAUGAGGGAAGGAAUUCAUUGGCAGUCUAUGUGUCCAGGAAUCUCUUAAGUGAGUCAUUUCCUAGUAUCGGUUAAUUUGGGAAAGAUGGAGUGUACUGGAAAGAAUUAGGAAAGGUUUUCCAAAAUUGAAUUAACAGUACAACACCUAUCACCCACAACCCCUGAGAAACAGGGUGAAAGGCAAUAUUUAGUACUGUCAGAGUCCUUUGCAAUGAUCUUUUUCUUUGUGGAAUCUUACAAGUAGCUGCAGGUCACUAGCAAAUCAAGAUGAUUCACAUCCAUUUCUCCAUCCUAUCUCCAUCUAUAACCUUCUUAUUUAUAUACAUGAGUUGAAUUCUGCACAGCACUGUGAUGGAGACACAAUUCAGUGAGCUCAUUAAGACCUAUGAGCUUCUCUUCCACAUCUAUAAAGUGUCUACAAUCGUUAAUCCCUCUGUGAAACCUGUCUAACAAAAAAGUAAAGUCUCCCUCAAAGCAAGCUUGAUUCCUUGCAGCUGCUUCUAUCUACAGUUACUGUUUGUACAGUAUAGUUUGUUUUUUUCUGUGGCUCUGUCCCAUAUUAUUGCUGUAAAACAUUUAAAAGACCACCAUUGUGUGGGCAGGAUGACUGUUCCUUGAUGUCCUUGUCAUGAAUGUGCCCAUCUGAGAAUGGAAAUGAAAACUGGGGCAAGAAAAAUCCAUAAAAAUGAAUGCUAUAAAAGUGACAUGAAGUGAAACAAUU